UCACAAUGCAGCAUCCUCCGGGCUCGGCCUAUCACACGGAGGAGGAGGAAGGCUCUGUCUGCUAAGCUCUGUUUCCUUCCGGUAUCACAUCCUCUCAACAUGGCAGCUUUCGGGUUCUGCACCUUCCUAGCAACAGCCUUAUUCCUAUUGGCCACAUCCUCUGCAUUUGUAGAGGACCUGGAUGAGACUUUCAAAGACACCAGACAAGAGGAUGUUUGGCUUGUUGACUUUUAUGCACCUUGGUGUGGCCACUGCAAAAAACUUGAACCUGUUUGGAAUGAGGUUGGCACUGAGAUGAGGACAAGUGGUUCCCCUGUAAGAGUUGGAAAGAUGGAUGCGACAGUCCACUCAAGCAUUGCGUCUGAAUUUGGGGUCCGUGGAUUUCCAACUAUAAAAUUGCUAAAAGGUGAAAUGGCCUACAACUAUCGUGGUCCGAGAACUAAGGAAGAUAUUAUUGAAUUUGCAAAUAGAGUUGCUGGGCCAUUAAUACGACAGCUCCCAAGCGAACAGAUGUUUGAGCAUGUGCAAAAACGCCAUCGUGUGCUGUUUGUGUAUGUUGGUGUUGAAUCAACCCUGAAGGAAAAAUUCAUUGAAGUUGCGUCUGAACUUAUUGUGUAUACAUACUUCUUUUCUGCUUCAGAAGACGUCUUACCCAAGUAUGUCACCCUGAAUGAGGUCCCUGCUGUCUUGGUGUUCAAAGACUCAACGUAUUUUGUUUAUGAUGAAUAUGAAGAUGGUGAUUUAUCAAGCUGGGUUAAUAAGGAGAGAUUCGAAGGUUACCUUCAUGUCGAUGGAUUUACAUUGUACGAGCUGGGUGACACAGGAAAGCUUGUGGCUGUCGCAGUUAUUGAUGAUAAGAACAGUUCAGUUGAACAUGCACGAUUGAAAUCUAUUGUUCAAGAAGUAGCAAGAGACUACAGGGAUCAAUUUCACCGGGACUUCCAGUUUGGACAUAUGGAUGGCAGCGAUUACAUGAAUAGUCUACUCAUGGAUGAAGUCCAGGUGCCCACUAUUGUUGUACUCAAUACAUCCAACCAACAGUAUUUUAUUCCAAAUAAGAACAUUGAAAAUACUGAAGACCUGAUUCAGUUCAUUAACAGUAUUUUGGAUGGGACAGCAGAGGCUCAGGGUGGUGAUGGAAUUCUACAGCGCAUCAAAAGAAUCGCCUAUGAUGCAAAGUCUACUGUUGUAUCUGUAUUUAAGAGUUCACCCCUGCUUGGAUGCUUCCUCUUCGGUCUACCACUGGGUGUCAUCAGCAUUAUGUGUUAUGGAAUCUGCACAGCUGACUCAGAUGAUGGCUCGGAGGAAAUGACCAGAAAAGAUGUCAUUGAUCCAAAUGCGUCGGAUGAGGGCAGCGACGAAGAACAAGAUGAGGACAAGACUAGAGAGAACUCUUCAGAGGUGACGGAUGAAGACCAAGAAGAAAAAGAUAUUAUCGAAAAGAAGAAAGAUUAACUUUUAUGAAAAUUGGAUUAACUAGGAUUCCAAAAGAAACUUAUUUAUUAAAUUCAACCACUGACACAGCUUUAUUAAAAAAAAAUAUAUAGAAAAUAAAAAAGACGUGACUGCUUCACUGAUUUUCGGCAUGCAACUACAUUUUUAAGGCAUCAAGACCAUUUCUCAUACAUUCUGGAAUUUAAUAAAAAAAAGGCUUUGAAAAUAGAAGACAAAAAAGGAGCUUUUGUUUUAUUAUGGCCUUGUCCUUAAAAUUGUUAAUUCCUUUUAAAUUCUGCUCAAAAUCUAGAAUGUUUAUUCAUGCAUCCAGGAGUCUGGAUAAGGAUUGAUUCACUUUGUUUUACUUUUAUGCUACUGAGAUUAAGCAGUAUACAUUUUUUUUUAUGUGAAAAUGUGAAGUUAUGUAUUUAGUUUAAAACGUUGAAGCAGUAAUAAAUAUUACAUAUUUAAUAUGUAUCUCUGUUACAACUUUGUAGUUCGCCUCAGGCGUGUUGAAUUGGUGACUUAAAAACCACAUAGCCUACUCUAGGUUUUCUUUUAAUAUAGUAAAUUACUUGAAAAUAUUAAAUCUACCGUUUCUACUGUAUAUGUUAAUUUCAUUUAGCUAUAGCUUAUCUGCAUUAUAUCAAUACCUACCCAACCUUCAGGGUAAGGUAAGGUAAUGAUGGCAUUCAUCACAAGCUAUAAUGGCAUCUGUUUAACAGAUUUGUCAUGAUGAAUUUCACAAUGUAUUUGGUAAACAGGUUAAAUAUUACUCUAUGGAGGACUGAUGUCACGGUUUGGCUUCUUUCACAGUCUCCAUUUAACAUAUACGGCAUGAACGGAAGCCAAAAACACAGUGUGAACCCAACCUAAGAAGCAAGAAUGUUUCUCACUUUUUUACAGGUGCUUAUUUUAUAGGAUCUGAUGACCUCUAAUAUGAUUUUACUUUCAAUUCUGAAUUUUCUUUGUGCAAAUGACCAUUCAUUUGCUAUUGUAACUUCAAAUACUGUAACCUUAAAUGCCUAUUGUUAAAAUGUUGUUCAUCAGGAUACAGGCCAAUUGAUAUAUUCCUCACCUUCCACCAACCUAUAGUCCCCAUGUUCAGGUCUUUAUGUUCUGUUAUGUUUAAAAGCUCCAUCUCUCACUAAAGCAUUAUCUAUAUUGAAACAGAUAUUGGACACGGAGGAGGGGUGAGGAGUAGGAAGCUGCAGGAGGAUCUCCUUUUCAGUGUCGGUGUGCUGUAAAUGUACAGGUUACAUGGCCAGGUUUGUUUUCUAAAUAUAUAUCCAUUAUAUAUGGACACCUGAUGGCCGAAGCAUGCCAAAGGGGUGGAUAGGGCAUACGGCUUAUUUCCCCAGAGUGCCCCUCUGAGGAGAACUCUGCUUGCAGACUCGCGGAAUCAGCUCCAUCUUGAAUCUGAGCUUAUUUUGCACUGAAUUUUACCUCUGAUUUAGGCAUUGGGAUUCAGCUGUGGAAGUUAGAAGUUUUCCCCAAUCCACAAAAUAUGAGAUAACUGAAUUGUUGGGGGGGGGGGGGGGGGCACAAUCUCAUAAUUGAGAAGCACCAUUCCAUUCAUUCUCUAUGGGAGCCCCUAGUGAUAGCCAAGCACUGUACUUGGACUGUCUCUGGCAGCUCCCAUAGAGAAUGAAUGUAGUGAUGGUGCACACCCUUUUGAACACUGUUCUAUUCUGACAGAAGAUUCGAGGUCCCCAUUGUCCAGUGUCCCAGGAUUCAGAUUCCCUGCGAUCAGACAGUAAGUUAUCACAUCUUGCAGAUAAGAGGUCAUAUUUAAUAGCGGAGUAACCCAUUUAAUGCUCCCUUCAUAUUGCAGAAGAUAAUUUACUUUUCUCAAACAGAUUUUAAACAGAUUUAAAUCCCUUCUAGCUGUGGCAUAAUAUAUAUGUCGUAAACUUGCUAAAUGUUUUAUAUGAAGAAAAGUAUUACAUCGUGUUUUAUAUCUGUGGAUUGAUCGGUGACAUACUUGACUCUUUUCAUUCUUUUUGUGUUUAUUCUAAACCUUGUUAUUUUAGAAUCUUCGUUAGGUUCUUUUAAAAAAGAAACAAAAAAAAUCACUGUAGCUUUAAAUAUGCAAAUAAAACGUGUAGAUCUCUAUUUCAUGAUUAUUGUCCAUAUUUUGACAGACUCUAGGGGCAGUAUUACCUUUUCCCUAGCUUAGAAGAAAGCUGCUUUGAUCAAGAGGCUAGUAUUUCUUUAUUUUCUGGUUUCGUUUUUUUUUUUUUUUUUUUUUAUCAUAUGAAUGUGCAAAUUUUUUUAGAGAAAAUUGUAGUAUGUAGAAUUACUUAUGUUUAUUAUUUUGUUACUUUAUUUUGUCAUUUUUGAUGUGAUCAAAGUGAAUGUGUUUAAAAGAAAGAAGACUACCCAUAAUAAAUUAUAAAAAGAGCCAUAAUAACCUUCUUCAUUUUUAUUUCCACACCACUAAAAUAUCUGAGUGAAUGCCAAAUAAGACGAGUUGAUAUUAUAGUUAGCUUCACAUGCUUUCUUCAGUUUCCUGUUUUUCUAUUGUAAAAGCAGCAAGCUUCAUGUGUUCCCAGCAAGCCCUAUUUCUGAUAGCUUUAAUCGUGACUCUGCAGAGUCUGUAUACAGAGUCUCAUGGGACAAGUCAGAGUAAGCUUCUCGGAUUCCAUAGUGAUUGCCAUAGUAACUAAAUAUACACUGAGUUGUUUUUAAGUUUGUUUGAUCUGCUGUUUUAUUCUGAUCUUUAACCAUUUAAUUUAGGAAGCAAAGGAAAAUGUCCUCGCCAACUCUUUGCCAAAUGUUGCACUUUAUUAAUUGAAACCUUGGUAUUUAUUAAUAAAUACCUGUGUCCAUACUUACUGUGUACCGAGGUUUCAAUUAAUAAAGUGCAAUGUUUUGCAAGGGGUUGGCGCUGGACAUUUUCCUUUGCUUGCUUAUACUACAUUGGUGGAGUCUGCAACAGUCCGUGCGCAAGGAAACAAUGGGGUGAGCUGGAACUUUGUAUAUCUUUUACAUUUAAUUUAGGAUACAAAAUCCAAGUUUUUCUAUAAUAUGUUCUUUUUUACAUUUCUGUAACAAAAUUAACAAAAUUCUGUUAAAAAAAUCUAUUCUGAUGUUAUCACCUUCACGCCUUGUAUUGCACAUCCACUAUACUUAGUAAUCUGAAGAACAUUUGGGAAUAUAUUUACACCAGUCACUAAAAGCAACAAGUUAACGGCAAAUUGUGAAGCCAAAUUCAGGUGUAUAAAAUGUGGGUUAAUUGGCUCUCUAAACAUUACUUCUUGGCAUAUACUGAUCAGCCAUAACAUUACAACCACUGACAGAUAAACAUUCUUUAUUUCAUGACAAUAUCAGCUGUGAAGGGGUGAGAUAUAUUAGAUGGCAAAUGAACAGUCCGUUCUUGAACUAGAGCUUGCAUAACCUCCAACUGGUCACUGACCCUAAUUUACCACCAUGGGCUCAUAACCAUCUGAUUUGUUCCUUGGAACAAUGGAAGGAGGUGGUCUCGGCUGAUGAAUUAUAUUUACUUUUACAUUAUGUGGAUGGAUGGCAUAUGUUCUGCUUGCAUGGGUAAGAAAUUACACUAUUGGAGCAAAGCAAGCCAGCGAAAGUAGUGUGAUGCUAGCCAUUGUUCUGCGUGAAAACUUUAGUUCCUGACAUUCACAUCAAAUUUACAAACGCCAUAUACAAAUGUUGCGCCUGUCAACUUUUACUUAAUCAUAACUCAACAGUAAGGAUGAAUUGGAUUGGUUAGCACUAUAAUAAUAAAUAAAGAUCUGCUGCUAGUGUCAUGGUGUCAGAUACCACAUGUCUCCUUCAGCGUCCAUACCUUGAUAACUCAAACUGUUCUGGCUCCAUAGGAGGGACCUAUACAGUACCACACAGUUGGUUUUAAUAUUAUGGCUGAUCAAUGUAUGUCCUAUUAAGGGUGUGAGGGGGUAGCAUAAUCUUAUGCCAAUUGUAUUUUUACAUUUAAUCUAUAAGGCUACUGUGAAUAAGCUAAAUAAUUUGCUUCCUUCCCUAAGCCACCAACCUUUAAUAAAGUAUAUUUGAUU